AUGGAAUCACCUCCUCCUAUUGGCGAAAGCCGCCCGGAAGUUGGUGACUGGGUCAAAGAUAUUAUACGACGAUUCACACAAAACCGUGGCGACGAUGUGAUGAACAAUUUAUUCCUGUCUGACACGCCCAACUUUGAAGCAGUGAAUGAAUUCUUUGGCGAACUCAAUCAGCACAUCCAUGCGGCUAAUCUCGCACAUGGGCAAGAAGAUAUAAGGGCAGGUGAGAUACCAGCCCAAACAUAUCAAGCCAUGUAUAGAUCUUGGAGAAUGGAAAUUGAAAAACCAGAAGUGAAGAACAAUCCUAGUUUGGGCUGGAAGGCAUACGACCAAGUUUAUCAAGCCCUGAAUGAAUUCAACAAGGCCUACAAUCUGCCCUUGGGUUGGAAUAUAUCACCAACAGCAGCCGAGACAGUGUUUGGUCAUCGUCCUCCCCCCAAAACAUCUUUGCAGGCCGCUUCAGUCCAACGAGACUCUGGAAGCGAGAGCAGCGAGGAUGAGAGCAUUGAUGAUGAUGGGUUGUCCGGAAUCGACCUGCUCGAGACAAGGGCGCGCCAACAGAGUCGCUCUCUCGUCAAUGCCAAAGUCCUAUUCUGGUGGUCGAAGGGAGCAGGUACUCAGAUUUUUGUUCGCUAUGGUCCCAGAUCCAACCCAAUUUUUCGCAUCCGAGCUGGUACCCAUGAGUACUAUGAUAAGAAGACAGUUACUCGUGUUCUGGUUUCUAAAACACGCGGUUAUAUGAAGAAACCAGCGGUAAUGGAUGGGAUAUUGGGAGAAACAUGGAAGUAUGAAAGAAAGCAUGUCUCUGAUAUACUUGGUGUGGGAUGGAAGAUUGAAGACGAUGAUGAGAGCAGGAUAGACCCUUUAGCACUCAUCGAACCUGCUACCGGUGUGAUGUAUCCUGAGACGAGGGUCUUCGUGGCGUGGAAAGAUGGUGAAAAGACUUUGGAAACCCGCGCGUUUAUCCGUCGGAUCGCAAAUGGAUCGAACUUAGAUGGUGACCGACUCAUUUUUCAGAAGGCCAAGGAGUUAGAA